AGUGUCGCCUCUGACUCUUCUCAGAAACACACGCUGAAGGAUUACUCCAGAAGGAAUCUCUAAAGCAGCUGUUUUUAUCUGCUCAGACUAAAGGAAUAUUGUUAUUAUUAUAUUCUUCUGCUCCUGUAAAGGUACAAACGUUCCCCAGAAUACCCAGAUGGAUCUACACUGCUUCACGUACCUGCUGGUCCUGUGCACCCUCAAUAAGCUGCUGCUGGCGGCGAGCAACGAAGAUGAGUACCAGGACCAUCUGAACCAUCGGGGCGAAUAUAAGUCUACACGGAACGAAAUCGCCACGGCCCAGUACGAAUGUUUCCAGAGGAUUUUGAAAGAGCCGCAGCGCAAAACGAAAACAAUCGGGCCGGUGUGCAACGCCACGUGGGAUGGGUGGCUGUGCUGGGAGGAGACGGACGCCGGACACACGGAGCAGAGCUGUCCGGACUACUUCAAAGAUUUUGAUCCUCAUGCGAUGGCGUCCAAAGUGUGCUCCGAGACCGGCGAGUGGGGACGCCACCCUCAGAGCAACAGGACGUGGACCAACUUCACAAACUGCCGCGCCAACACAAUACAUCACGGGAAAGCGGCGAUGACUCACUUCUACCUGGUCAUGAUUGGUCACGGCCUGUCGCUGGUGUCCCUGCUCAUAUCUUUAGGGAUAUUCUUCCAUUUUAAGAGCCUGAGCUGUCAGAGGAUAACGCUCCACAAAAACCUCUUCCUCUCAUUCGUGCUGAACUCCAUCAUCACCGUCGUCUGGCUUACGACAGUGGUGAAGAAAGAGGGGCAUACGUACAACGACUCCGCCACCUGCAAGCUGCUCAUGUUCAUCCACCUGUACCUGUUGAGCUGCAACUACUUCUGGAUGCUGUGUGAGGGCAUCUACCUGCACACUCUGAUCGUGGUGGCGGUGUUUGCAGAAAAACAGCAUCUUGUGUGGUAUUAUCUGCUGGGCUGGGGUUUCCCACUCGUGCCGGCGGUGAUACAUUCAAUCGCCCGCCACUGCUACUACAACGACAAAUGUUGGGUCAGCUCCGAUACUUCCUUGCUGUACAUCAUCCACGGACCCAUCUGCGCCGCAUUGGUGGUGAAUCUUUUCUUCCUGCUGAACAUCGUUCGCAUCCUUAUCACCAAGCUGCGGGUGACGCACCAGGCCGAGUCCAGCCUCUACAUGAGGGCCGUGAGAGCCACCCUCAUCCUCAUCCCCUUGCUCGGCAUCCAGUUUGUCCUGCUCCCCUACAAGCCCCAGGACCACUGGGUCUUUGAGAUCUACCUGUACGUCAUGGAAAUCCUCAUGCACUACCAGGGUCUCUUGGUUUCUACAAUAUAUUGCUUCUUCAACGGCGAGGUCCAGAGCGUUAUGCGGAGACACUGGAACCAGCAGCGGAUGCAGUUUGCCGGCACAUUCGCCAACGCCGACUUCUUCCGCUCGGCCUCGUACGUGGCGUCGUCGCUCACGGAAGUCCACCGCUGCUACAGCAUCGAGAGCCACAGCGAGCACAUGAAUGGCAAGAGCUACUCGGACAUCUUCAGAUCGGACAGCCCGUUCGUGUGAAGGCGGCGCUUCGGGCUCACGGCCUUCUCUGACUUUCCGCCCCCGAGAAGUUACAUGGAGUGACAUCUUCUGGGAGUUUUACUGCUGUAUACGGCGACCGAGUGCAAACGUUUCACUUUCACACAAACUCACAUAUCUUUGGACUUUUUCUCACGAGUAUUAUUACCACGACAGAAAGAGCUUGAGACAAAGGACAUGUUUCUUCAUUAUUAGUUACACCCCCACGCAUGGAAAGGACACGAAGAAGACCCUGUGAUUGUUCCGCCGACCUCAACUUGUUAACACAAGGAAUAAAAGAUUUUUGCAUCUGGUGGAAUAAACUUGAAGAGCCCUUGAGAACAAGAAGCGGGAGAGAGGGUUUUCUUUCUGGGCAUUUUGAGGAUAUUGAUGCAAUUUAGUAAUGGGUAGUUAUUAAUUGAGUGUUGUGGAAAGGAUGUGCACAAAAACUUUGUUGAAUUACUUCUCAAAUCUGAAAAGAAAACCAUUUCAGGUUAAUAAACGUGUUUAAGCAUCAAUGGGCAGAGCCGAAACUGCAGUCGCAGGAAGUUGCAAGAUGAAUAGCAAAGAAAGAGUUGGUCUUGGUGACUAGAGAGCAACUGUUAUGCCUUCAUGAAAAGGACCAUGAUUUAAAAAAGUGCAAACACUCACAAAAAUGAAGAACUAAACAGAUAGCUUGCUUCGCGAAAACCUCAUUCCUGCUUUGACCUUUGAACUAAAGGUGUGCAACCAUAGGCUGAGGAGAGUUUUUAUAUUGAUGUAGUAUUUCAUUUCGCUAAGUUCAAAACAAACAAUGAGGUUCACAAUAAAAUGUGGUCAGAAACAGUCUCAUCCCAUCGUACCUAUAGUCAAUGCUCCGUUUUUCUUUCUUCAUAAGUGAUUUUUCAAAAACGCUGUGGAGAGGAUUGUGAGAUAAUCACAGUGGAAUUACGACUGAAAAGUGCAUGUUGCUGUACAUAUAUUCGGGUAUGAAUAGGAUAUAUUUCAAGGCACGAAAGGCCUUUAGUGUACUUUGUAUAUUUUUCCAGUCAGCCUCUUUGUAUAUUACUUUUGUAAUUGUUGUAAUACUUCUGGUUAGUUAAUGGUAUAAAGUUGUUAAAGGUUAACAUUUUAGGUAAACUGUCUGAAUAUUUUAGUGUCCAGGAAAUAAGUUCAGCAGGAACUGACUUGUGUUGAUUCACUGAUGAGAUGAAGUUAAAAGUGAAGAGCUGCUGGUUUCAGCCUUCACAAACAGGAAAUAGAUGUAUUAAUUAUGAGUUAGAUGAGAAGAAUAAAACCUCUCUUGCGUCUGUUACCAUGUGAAUCUACAGCCAAGAGACGGUUAGCUUAGCUUAGCAUAAAAACUGGAAACGGGGGGAAACUGCUAGCGUUAUCUUCCAAAAUGUCGAACUCUCCCUUUAAUUGCGCAGCACUGAACUAUUGAAAACUUGCUAAAAUAAUUAUAACUAUUUCUUUCUCUGUUGGAAUCACAUAAUAUUUCUGAUGUUCAUAAUACUGUAUGUGUACUAUAAUAAUUUACAUAAACACAUGAUUUCUACAGCAAUUUCAGAGCAGAUCUUUUGUGUUAGAAGAAAAGAAUAUAGAUUUUUUUUAUUCACAGUCUGAAUCUCUUUCUUCUCUUUUUUUCCCAUAGUUUUGUCAAUAAAAUGCUUGUUUACACUGAAAUAGAAAUUUUGUAAAUAAAGGCAUGCUGUUUUAAACUGAG